AUGUACUUCAUCGGCUCCGAUCAUCAUCAACGGCCAGAUUCCGACCAGCAUUUCCAAUACCGGCAACACCAAACAUGCUCACAAGGCCAUACUUCGUCUCUGAUACUCCAAACUUUAGAAGGCGGAUCGAUCUGCUUAGUCUGUCUAUCCAAUCUUAUCUCAAAUCCUAAUUCCCCUACCGUUCACGUCUCUUACGCCCUCUCUCAGCUCUCCCAUGCCAUCUCUCAACCCUCUUUCCUCCACAGUCUUCUUACUUUUCAUCCUCAUUUUCUCAUUUCUCCUCUCAUGUCCGCCCUUUCUUCUAUAGAAGACGAGCCGCUCGCCAAACAGAUGAUUGAUGUGAUUUACGAAUUGUGCACCUCUGGUGAUUGUUCAAUUUACAGCGAGUUUGUUGCUAGGGUUUCAGAUCGGUUGUCGUCUGGUUCCUUGUAUUGGAGCCAGCGUCAAACUUACAUGCUACAUUGCUUAGGUGUUCUAUUGGAUAAUCAGAAGAAUGAUCCGUACAGCCAUAUUAAAGACAAGGAUGCACUUUUGCUUAACCUUGUAACAGGUCUCCAGUUGCCUAGUGAAGAGAUCCAAGGCGAGAUUCUAUUUGUUCUUUACAAAAUUUGCUCGAUCCAGCAUGCAUGCAUAGGUAAUAGCGAAGGUGGUGUCCUAUAUGGCCAUUCUUUAAGGAUCUUAUAUUUGUCAUUAGAAAUCCUCUUGAAGAGCCAUCGUGAUGAUGUUCGCUUGAAUUGUGUAGCGCUAUUGUCCGUGCUUGCACGAACAGGGUUCUUCGAGAAUGCAUUUGAAAAUGAUGUGACAUUUUCCCUCAAGGAAUACCCUGAAGCAGAUAACUUUAUGGAAACAACUGAGCAUGAACUACAAAAGACUCCUUUGAAUCUCUUGUUUGCUGAAGCCAUAAAAGCACCUCUGCUUUCUUCAGAUUGUGAGGUUCAAACCGCCACAUUAGAUUUGAUAGCUCUGUAUUUGUCGUGUGGAGGUGUUUCAGAAAAAGAGGUCCAAGUUCUGGUUGAGGAGAAUAUUGCUGACUAUGUUUUUGAAAUUUUAAGAUUGUUGGGGUGCAAAAAUGAUUCUCUUGUCAGCUCAUCCCUGCAGGUUCUUGAUCUCUUGUCAGUGGCAGAGGUAGCUUUCAAGCAAAGGCUUGCUAUUGGGUUUACAACUUUAGUUCCUGUUCUUCGUCAUGUUGCUGAAGUACCUUUUCAUCCUGCUCAAUCUCGAUCAAUAAAGCUAAUAUCAGAAUGUGUUUCAAACUGUCCUGGAAUCAUUUCAAGUUCCAAUGUUGAAGAAAUAAACCUUGUAAUGACUGGGAUGCUCAAGAAACAUAUUGAUGGCGAGGCUAACAUGCUUCCAGAAACAUUCACCAUGGUUUGCUCGGUCCUUGUAGCUCUCAUGAAGUCUCCAUCUUCUCAUGGAACUCCAAGUAUUGCCAUAUCACUACAAGAUAUAUCAAGAUACACCAUUGCAACCUGCUUGAGCUCUUACAGGGAACAUUCCUUCCAAAUGCUACACUCCCUCUACUUACUGAAGGAGGCCUAUGAAUAUAGUUUUGAAGGGAACCCCACAAAUUCCAUCUAUAUGGGAUUACGUGAUUGUAUAUUAAACAUAUGUGAAGCUAAACUAUUACCUUGGAUUUCCAUGAGCAUUAAUGAGAUCGAUGUGGAUAUUGCCUUGGGUGUACUUGAGAUUUUUCACACAAUACUGCUUCACUCUGAUUUCCAACCCAAGGAAUUUGUUCAUGUUCUUGUUUCAUCCUCUUGGUUCAGUUUUUCAUUCGGAUGUUUAGGCCUUUUUCCUACUGAGAGGAUGAAAUGGAGAGUUUAUUUCUUAUUGAGCUCGAUCUUGGAUGUGCUUCUUGGUAAUGACUCCGGCCAAUCCAUUAGAGAUGUUGCCUUGCAUCUUCCAUUCGAUCCUAUAGAUUUGUUGUUUCUGCUGGGACAGAAGGGAUCCCAUAAUCAGGAAGUCUUUUGCUGCCAAUCUGCAAUUCUGCUAAUACUAUAUACCAGCUCCUUGUAUGAUGACAGGCUUGCAGAUGAUAGGAUGGUAUUAGCUUCUCUGGAGCAAUAUAUUUUACUUAACCAAUCUGAAAUCUUAGGUGGGGUUGUCGAACCACUGAUCAUGCAAGUACUCGUAAUUCUGUAUGGCCUUUAUAGGGGUCUGGCCAAGAUAAAUUACCAAAUACCAUAUAGUCCAGAAGCUGAAAGUACCCUCUUCUAUAUUGUGGCAGAAAAACAAUGUGAACUUCUUUUUAAAAGAAUUCACACCACAUCACUGAAAUGGUUGUUUCAACAAGAGAGAAUUUGUAAAUAUCUAUCUAGCGAGGUUUUAAGGUGGUGUAGGCAUUGUAUUGUCUAUGGAAACCAGAUUGUUGACUGCAACGAUACUGAAACCGUAAAAUUUAGAGAACUAGCUGAGUUGGUAGCAUCUGGAGAUAAUUAUGCAGCCAAACUACUGGUAUGUUUAUUGAGAGAGCUUGUGGAAGAAAGUGGACAAAAACAUGAUAUCGUUCUAUUAUUAAAUACGAUUGCAGCAAUCACCGCGUUAUUUCCAGCUGCUUCAGGGCAAUUAUCCUUGAAUGAAAUAGCCUUUGCAAUCCAGGAUCUUUAUAAUCAGUAUUCUUCUUCUGCAGAGAUAUUCAAUGUUACUUGUCAACUAGUUUUUACAAUAUUACAUUCAGUUAACUCGGAAUCACUUUCUGACAAUGAAGCCUGGAUUACAGUAUCAACAAAGUUGAUGCACUACCUGAUCUCGACAAUUACUGAAAUUGGGUACACUCAGGAAGCUCUCCUAGUUAUGGGCAUUCUUUCCCUGAUUUUGCAUCACUCUCUUCAUCAGAAGCUUGUAGAAGCUUCCAAGACCAUCCUUUUGAACAUUCCAUUGAUCUCACUAGUUAACAAACUGAUCCAUGAAGCCUGUUUAAAAGGAUCUGCAUUAUUUGAUCAUGAUGAGACAACUCAGACCGGAGAAGGCCUGAUAUUUUUGCUCUUAUUAAAUUACUUUUGUCACAAAAGUGUGCACGAUAUUCUACCGGGAAUUGAAAAUGCACAAAGCUUACUCGACAGUGACAACAGAAAGCAGCAGUCAUUAUCCUACAUCAGCAUUCAUUGCCAUGACUUAAGCAGGUUGUUGCAUUUCGGGUCUUCUCCGGUCAAACUGGUAUCUUCAUACUGCUUGCUCCAAGUAUUUCAGAGAAUCACUGAAGAAAAAAGGAAAGAAUCAGGAAAAGUCACACACCAUUCCCAUCAUAUACGAUCCAUGACCUCUAUCCUAGACGGCUUAAUAUUUCACAGUGAUACACGGGUCGCCAUGAAUUGUGCCCUCUGUAUAGCGAUGAUCGAGGAUUGGGAAAAACACGACAAAGAAACCCAAGUUGUUAAAAGAGAUAAUUGGUAUCGAUUGAUAACCGAAGAGAUGGUAAUGACUUUGGCUGUACCAAAAAAUUUGGCAUCAAAAUCCAUCAUGAUUCAUCACAUGCCAGCAGCUCAUAUAGCAGUGUCAAUGCUAAAACUGCAGCAGGUUCCUCCAUGGAUAUCUGUUGUCUUUGAUGAUUCUUGCAUAAGUGGUAUCAUUCAAAACCUUUCACCAAGUAACAUAACUCACGAAAUGGUGAUGUUAUUUCGAGAGCUUCUACAUUCGGGGUACCUUGAAUCUAAGCAUAUUGCUUGUCUAAAUCAGCUUUUCCAGGCGUGCAGAAAACGUGUUUAUUCGGAUGACAUUCAAGAUUCGUGCACAGAGGACACGAAGAAUUCGGUUAUCUUCCCAGAUGAUCCAGGAAAAGUUUAUGAGGUCCUCAUAAACCUCAUUUCACAUGAAUCAUCUUCAAAUGAAGGACUACUUGAAGAAAUAGAGCUAUUCUGCCAAACUCUUCGGGAAGCAGGAUAA